AUGUCUACGGUGGUAAGCAAAACUGGUAUAGCGUCACUGAAGUGUGGGGUCAAAGGAAAUCCAGUACCCCAGGGCACGUGGCUGAAGAAAAAUUCCAGUCUUCCCUCCCAUAAACGAAUCAUGCAAUCACGAGGUGACCUUGUGAUAGGAGAUGUGACGUCACAAGAUGGAGGAGUGUACACGUGUAGGGCAAAAAAUAUUCUUGGAGUCGUGACUUCAUCGGCCACAUUGACUGUUCAAGGUAACUACUAAAUAUUAAUGUCCCAGUGUACAGGUGAAAAAAUCUACAGAAGCUUUGAGUUAACAAAGCUUAGCGAUUCAUAUUCAAACUACAGAAAAUUCGUUAUAGGCUUAAUUGAAUCGCAAUCGUAAGAAUCAAAAUGCUUCCAUUUUCUUCUUACUCCCCUCGGCUAUUAUGACUCCGUCGAAUUACGGGCUCGUGAUCGACGGAGUUGCAAGCGAAUUAGAGCGCUGUUUGUACUAAAUCAUCACACGUGAGCUUUUGCUUACAACCUAAACUUCGAAUCUGUCAUUAACAAAAUCCAGCCCCUUCUCAGGAGCUGUGACUUUACGCUGGCUGCAAUAAAUGGGACGGAAGAAGUCGGUCACGAACUUCAAAGUAAUAGUCUAACUGCUAGCUUAUUUUUUAAGUUACUUGACGUGCAUUUUUUUGUGUCUGUUAAUCAGUUGCUGCCUUGGUCACAAAAAAGCCCUCGUCUGUUAUCCUUGAAGAAGGAGAAGACGUAACCCUGGUGUGCAAAGCUUCUGGUCGGCCGAUACCAACCAUCACAUGGCAAAAGCUAUUGGGUCAUUUGCCAAGAGGAAGGACUGCAGUGAUCUAUGGGAAUAUGACUAUACUUAGUGUAACUAAAAAGGAUACUGGGACUUACGUAUGCUCAGUAAAGAAUCUCCUUGGAGAAGACUCCGCUUUGGUCGUAAUAACAGUGAUUGACAGGCUGAAAUUUACCGUGACACCUCCUUUGAAGGUUGCUGUAUCUGAGUUCAACAACCUGACGCUAAAUUUCAAAGCCCAGGGAGCCCUAGAUAUAACCUGGAAGAGGACCAACAAAAAUCUUCUUCAAAACCACGUUUUUAUUUCAAACGGAACUUUGUUUCUAAAACAGGUGACCGCAAAUGAUGAGGGAUCAUACACAUGUGUUGCAAGAAAUUAUCAAAGAACAAUGGACAAGGACAUGUGUUGUCGAAGUGCCCAAACCCAUGUCCUGUAG